AGGAGUCCAUUUCAUGUGGCAAAGAAAUUAAUUAUGCUGAGUGAGGGAGAGAGAGAGAGAGAAAGAGAUAGGUGGGGGCAGAAGGGGUGUGAUCUAGCCUCACCCAAAUUGAGCCAAUCACAAACUCACAUUAUAUUACUUUUGAUGAGCUCUUCAUAGUCCCUCCCCACAUAUUCCUUAUCUCCUCCUACCAAGCAAACAUUCAAGUAACGUCCUCCCACCCAGACACCCUCCCCCCAAUAUCAAAGAAAUUCAUCAAAAUCACAUCACAUUCAUCCUCUUAUCCAUCAAAGUCCUUCACUCUUCUUCUACCCUUUCUUUCUCCUCAUUUCUAUGUCCUAAACUCAACUAAACUAAAAUGGCCACAAAUUCUCUCCAUUAUUCCAUUCACCACCACAACCAUUCUCUCAUCAAACGCCACCACCCAUUAGACACCCCUCCCCCUACAACACUCUUCCUCAAACCCACCACCCCCAACACCAACAUCAUCCUUUCACACUCUUCUUACAAUUCAAACCUCAUCACCUUCUCUCUCUCCCAAACAACCUCUUCCACCACCCCAACAUCCACCACCUCCCAAGCCAUCUCCUUUGACCUUCUCCACCAACUCCUCUCAGCCAAAAACUUCCAACAAGCCGAUGAAGAGACUCGCCGCCUCCUCAUCGUCCUCGCCGGCGACCCUGCUCAGAAACGCGGCUAUGUCUUCUUCUCCGAGGUGCAGUUCAUCUCACAAACCCAUCUCAAAACAAUUGACAAACUUUGGAGACAACACAGUGACAACAAGUUUGGCUACAGCGUGCAAAAGAAAAUAUUCAACAAAGUUAAUGGAGACUUCACCAAGUUCUUCAUCAAAGUUGGUUGGAUGAAGAAACUUGACACUGAAGUGGAGCAAUACAACUACAGGUCCUUUCCCACUGAGUUUGUGUGGGAACUCAAUGAUGACACCCCAGAGGGUCAUUUGCCUUUGACAAAUGCUCUUAGAGGAACACAGUUGCUCAAUAACAUUCUUAACAACCCAGCUUUUGAUGACAUUGAAGAACAAGAUGAUGGUGAAGUAGUUGACAAUGACAACAAUGGAGCAAUCACAGCCACAGGAUUAAAGGAUAAUAAUAAUAGUAGCUCGUCUUCAAAGUCAUUGCCUCAGAGGGUCUUCAAACCAGACUAUAGUUUCUGAGUGCACACAGAAUGUAAUUUUAUUUCGGUUUUAAAUUUUACGUAUAAAUAAAUAUAUAACGGUUAUUAUUUUA